AUGCCGGAAACCUCCGUUCAGAAUCCAUUAAGGCUUUCUGAAAAUGAAAAUACUCGUUCGAUGUUCCUGUCUGCAUCACAGCAGCAGCGGCCAUCUGCCAUUCCGUCCUUCCCCAGGUUGGUACAUAAUACUACAACAAGCUUGAAUUUAUCAGAUUUUCAAGUGCUAAAUCCGUCUUCCAAAAGGCAAAAUUCAAACUCAGUUUACGAUGAUAUAAAUAGCAGUAAGAGGCGAAUAAGUAGAUCUAAAUUUUUAAACAUCGAAGAGAAAAAUAAUGACAGUACUCAUUCAGGAAGACCAAUAAUUAAGCAAUUAGGGCAAAAUCCUUCCCUUAGGUAUGUACGUAGUUCAAAAAGGGCCCCGAAAAGAGAAAAUUCAAUUGGAGUUACACAGUCCUCUGCUUUGAUUUCGAAACCUUUUACUGAAAACGGAGGUAACACUACACAUGAGAAAUGGAGCCCGGAACAUACAAUAAAACCGCUGAACAUUUCAAAAAGGUUGUUGGCUUUCGUGGAUGCAGGGUCAAACGGACAGUCCAAGAAUGACAUUGUAGACAGUUUCCAGCAUAAGUCUAAUAACAGUGAAGAAAUCAACGACAAGGAUAACGGUGCCCAAGCUCAAGAUUUCAAUAGUAAUGGCAAUAGUAACAACAACGACAACGACAACAAUAACGACAACAACAACAACGACAACAACAACAACAGCCAUGAUAACAACAAUAAUAAUAUUAAUAAUAGUGAUGAUAGUAAUGAAGGGGAAGAAAAUGAUACCUGCAAACCCUCAAAUAAUAAAAGAUCGGGCAUUGCUCUGAUCCAAAAAUUACAAGAAUUGUACAAAGUGAUAGUUAAGCAAGAAAUUGAAUUGCAAGAGCGGUGCUCACAACUGACAAAUUCUCAAACCACCGAACUGAAAAGUCUUUGGACUAUUUAUAGGAUUAAUACAGAUCUGGUCAACAACUAUGUCACUUUUAUUACUACAGCUUUAUUGCCAUCUCAGCCACCUCAUGAUUUGGUCAUUGGCCAGGAAAUCGUUGAAAUAUAUAGAAUCGAAAGAAGACUGUGGGUAUACGGCACGAUAACAUUUCUUGACGUUCUUAAGAAUUUUUCCAAUUUCAUGGAUCCUGAAGUUUGCUGCCAAUUUAUUACUCAUGUCUUUGUUUCAUUGUCAACUAUGAUUUCCGACAUACCGUCCAAGUAUUCUAUCACUUGGCUACAAAGACUAGGGGACUUAUCAAGAAUGGCUAUAGCAUUAUAUCCCUCAAGUUUUAUCGAUUGGAAACUAAGUGCUGAGCACUGGUAUACUGAAGCGAUGAAAUAUAUAUAUAACCAUGGCAAGCUAUAUUAUCAUAUGUCAACCGUACAGCAAAACACUCUGGAAGCUUUUGUAAAUUUGGGGAAAAGUGUCUUCUGUCAGGAAACAUUCACUCCAUCUCCACAAUAUAUGCAAUUGGUUAUUGAUAACAUUUAUCAAAGAGCGUUUGUUGAAAGAAAUAAUGGCAAUCUCAGAAACUCCUUGUUGAUUGAGUACUUGAAACAUAGUGAAGCCAUGCUAUUGCCCAGUUUUUUAGAAAGUCCAGAUUUACAAAAUGUCGUGCUGAGCUACUUUAUUGAAAAGUUCGGUAUAGAUGCGAACGGUUGUAAUAUUUUCAACGCAGAGGAUAUGUUCGUUCAAAAUCCUGAUUUUUUCAAGUAUUUCUUUAGGCAUGGUCCCUCUUUUGCACAAUCACAUAUUUUACAAAUUGUUGGAUUCGGAGAGCCAAAAAACCCGUUUGCAAUUUUAUUUGAUUUACCGAAGUAUUUGAAGGAGAGGAAGGACAAAAAGGAGCGUAAAAAAUCUUCAAAUAAUGACUCUUCUGUGACGGAGAGUUCAACGGGCAACAGCCGAAAUGACAACGAAGAUGACGAUGAAAUAAUGAGCUCUACCACAUCCAUAUCUGAUCAUGAUUUACUAGCAGAGUUCUUCAAUGACAUCGAUACUUUAAGGCGUCCGAUACUGCCUUCAAUGCUAACGAAUGAAGCUUGGUUGGAAACAUUAAAGUUUCUAAAUAUGACCUCAUUGAAAUGCGGUAUGAUAGUAUUUCGGAAAUUUCUACAUGGUCCUUUAGGAAUUGCAUUGCCUCAUGUUUUACCAUGGAUAUACUUUAUCAUCUCAAUUUGUUUGAAAAGUAACCGAUUGAGUGAUCCAGUUAGUAAGGAGUUCUGGAUGUUAAUUGUUAAGAGAGUGUUUCCUUGGGAUACAAUCGUUACAUUUAUGAACGUGCUGAUAGCGUAUCUGUUAGAAAACCAAACAUCAAACCCUAUUAUUGGAGAUUUAUGCAAUGAAUACGAUAAAUUAAGUCUUUCUGAACUUUUAGAAUCAUUUAAUAGAAGUGAAGAAUUGCCGGAAAUUUGGGGCUGUUGGGGAACAUUGUGGUUCGACACCAUUUGCCAAAAAAAUACACAUUCGAUUAGUAGUGAAGAUAAUUUUCAAGAGGUCGGGAUAAAGGAUUAUAUGGCAUUGGAUUCACCAACAGAUGGAAUUAUAUUUGAUGAAAAAGAUGAAAAUGGCGAAAAAUUUUGGAAAAGGGCAUGUAGAACAAUUUUUCUUUUCAAAGAGCUAUCAAGAACUUUUUCAAUAGGUGUAAUAAUCAAAAACGAUCCGCUGAUAAACAGUUCGUCAUUUCAAAGUGCCAAUAUAUUGCGAAAUUUAGUCUUCAAGCUCGAACCCUUAAGCAAUAUACGCAGCAAUGUUCCAGUAUUAAGCGCCCUAGAGAGCAUUAUUGACAUCUCUGAAGCAAGAAGUGAAACUAACACUGAUUUGCAUGCUGAGCCGGAACUAAGUGUCAUUGAGGGGGAUAAUAUCUUCCACUAUGUUGGCUAUAAAAAACUGCGUGCCGAUUACACGUGCUUUGAUAAGAAUGGAGAAUUUUUGAGCGCCUCGCUUUACACUUCAUGGUAUGUCCCGAGCAGCAACAACAACAUAGAAGCCAGUAUCACUUAUAACAGCGAAAAGGAAAACGAAGCUCUAUUCCUGGAAUGUAUGAAGUCCGACUAUCCAGAAAUAGAUUUUGAAACCACGUACUUUGUUUUUGAUGCAACAUCGUGGCUAAGGCACUCUGCACGCAUAUUCAAGCUAGCACAAAAUAGACUACUAAGAUUUGCUAUUUGUUUAACCACAUUCCAAGAGUUAAGAUUUUUACGUAAAUCAAAGGAUGAGAACGUCAUGGAGGCUGCCACAAGAGGCAUAAUAACUAUCAGACAGCUUUACUAUGAGGAUAAAGUAUUACCUCUAAGAUUCACAGGUAAUGUAGCGACACACAUUGAAGAGAACUUAGAAUUUGAAGAACAAAUAACAUGGAGGACGCAUGUUGACGAAUUUGUCAUCGAAUCCGUAAUGAAGGCACAAGAAAAAUUAGAGAAUGCUAGCCAACCGCGUCUCUCCCCUCAUCGCUUUAAUUACGUGGUUUUGAUAUCUGACGAUGAUACUAUGAAGAAAAAAGCAGAAGAAAAAGAAAUAAAAACGCUAAGCACACGAUUUGUGUUUUCUUUGUGUACAAAACUCGGCGAGCAGCGCCAUUUGUGUACAGAUUGA